UAUUGCAGGAUGUUUGUUGCUGUGAGCGUUGUCAUUUUAUCCAUAAUAUUAUGGAUUUACGUAAGUAAUGUUUUAAAACCAAGCUCAAAAUACGGAUCAAACGUUAACAGCUUUGACAGGUAUAUCGAUGACUCGAAUCCAAGUCAGCAAGAAGAUGACCUUAGUGCUUCUAAUACCAACAAAGAAAGACAUCACCCACACUACACUGAACCUGGAAAACAAAUUCUGAUAUUCUUUGGUACAGAAUAUGGUUUCAGUGAAGAAGUAGCUAACAUUCUUUUUGAAAAGCUGACAAAGAUUGCUGCUGCUACUGAUGAUGAAGAGCUCUGUCAACUGCAACCUCGUCUCUUAAAUGCCAAACACUGGAAGCAUCUCAGACUGGAUGAAGAACAACUUAUUCUGAUCAUCAUCUCAACCAGUGGGGAUGGUGUUCCGCCUAGCUCUGCCAUGGCCUGGUACAAGUCCUUUAUGUCUUCCGAGAUGGAUCUAUCUCACCUCCGGUACUCUGUCCUGGCUCUAGGAGACACCAAUUAUCCUCACUUCUGCAGAGCUGGACAAAAAGUCUAUGAAAGGUUUUGUGAUCUAGGAGCCUGCCCUCUAGUGCCUCGAGCUGAUGUGGACAUGGAAGACUGGACGGUGAUCAACAAUUGGAUGGAUGAUGUCCAGGACUACAUUGUGAACAAUAACAUCAACCUCGAUGACAGAAUGGAUUAUCUGUCUCCGCUCCUUAUGCUAAAUAUUGAGGAACAGGGGUUUCAUCGCCUCAAACCAUUUAUGGCUACCCUUCUUGUUAAAGAAGCACUCACAAAUUGCAAUGUCCCCGCUGACAAGGAAACAAUCCACUGUGAAUUUUCAAUAGAGGGCAGCAGGCUGAUGUACGAGGCUGGUGAUGCUGUAGGCAUCUAUCCCACUAAUAGGAUGGAAGACGUUGAAUGGGUGAUACAAGCUAGUGGGUUGAGGGGAGAAGACAUGUGCUCUGUUCCGUCAUCAGCUUAUCAACCUCAGCCAGCGAGUAAGGUGACCUUACGAGAGAGUCUACGUAAAUAUUACGACCUCAAGAAUGUCCGAGUCUCAUUGUUACAAUCUAUGCUGAGACAUUCCGUUGGCAUCGUGAAAGAAAAGCUGGAGAUUCUUCUGGAAAAUGGGACUGCACGGUCAAACCAAGCACUCAUGGGGUACCUGGAAACAGCUGAGGUUGGCGAUGUGCUUGAACAUUUCCCUGUGAACCUACCUCAAACAGAGCUCUUGGCUAAUCUCCGGCCCCUUCAGCCCCGCUAUUACUCCAUCUCUUCCUCCCCAGUCACAGAUCCAAACAAGAUUUGUGUCACAGUCGCUAUCAUCCGCUACUCUUCUAGAGGUCGAUCCAGAGUCGGCGUAGCAACAGCCUUCCUCCAGGACAGGCUCCACCUCCAGGACCUUUGCCCUGUCUUUAUCAGUCCGAAUCCAGACUUUAGGCUACCCCAGGAUGGGACCAGGGACAUCAUCAUGAUAGGACCAGGAACUGGUAUAGCUCCAUUCAGGGCUUUUAUUCAAGAGAGAGUGCUUUUGGGUGCAAGUGGAAAGAAUCUGCUUUAUUUUGGAUGUAGACACAAAGGCAAGGAUUUCCUCUAUCAAAAAGAGCUUGAACAAAUGGUGGCGGAGGGUCAUCUUAAACUGCGUACAGCUUUCUCAAGGGAUGAAGAGGAGAAGGUCUACGUUCAGCAUCUCAUUCUACAAGAUGGUCGGAUGAUGUGGAAUAUGAUACAGGGUGGAGCUCAUGUGUAUGUUUGUGGGGAUGCCAAGCACAUGGCUGCCGAUGUUCACCAGGCCAUGCUAUCUGCCAUCAAGACAGAGGGAUGCAUGACGGAAGAGGGUGCGUUAGGUUACAUCAAGGAGCUGGAGGAGACACACAGGUAUCAGAAAGAUGUGUGGGUCACGUAGGAGCCAGAAUUUUUCAACUCAAUGAAGAGAAUGAUGAAACAAGAAAGUGUUGAGUUGGUGGGAUACAAAAAUGAUAUGAAGAAAUGGAAAUAAAGAAAGAAGGAGAAAGAAAAAAAGUGUACAGAAGAAAAGAAGA